AUUUACACACUCGCGAGGUGUUUUUCGGUAGCUCAUAAUGUGACAUGGCUGCCGCCUGUAACUUCCAUGUGGUGUUUAUUUGAUCACAGUUGAUUGGGCCAUUAUUAACUUUUUAUCGUUAAUUUCAUUGUAUCAAAUUAGCGCGGGUAAUGCGUAAUUUCAUUGUAUAAAAUUAUCGUAAAUGAUAAAGUGAAGACCAUCCAAACAAGCAGCCAAAAUGCAACACGACGACGUUAUAUGGGACCUUAUCGGCAAUAAGAGUUUUUGUUCCUACAAAGUAAAAACGAAAACUCAACAGUUCUGUCGAAAUGAAUACAACAUCACAGGCCUUUGCAAUCGACCCUCUUGUCCUCUUGCCAACAGUCAGUAUGCUACUGUAAGAGAGGAGAAAGGCCAGUGUUAUCUUUACAUGAAAGUUAUUGAGAGAGCAGCAUUCCCUGCCCGCAUGUGGGAGAAGGUGAAACUUGAUAGAAAUUAUGCCAAGGCUUUGGAACAGAUUGAUGAGAACCUUAUCUAUUGGCCGCGGUACAUCCGACACAAGUGCAAACAGCGCUUGACGAAGAUCACGCAGUAUCUAAUUCGAAUCCGCAAACUCACACUGAAACGACAGAGAAAACUGGUUCCACUUAGUCGAAAAGUAGAGAGACGAGAAAAGAGGAGGGAGGAAAAAGCCCUUAUUGCUGCUCAGCUGGAAAAUGCUAUAGAAAAAGAACUGCUAGACCGUCUAAAACAAGGAACAUAUGGAGACAUAUACAACUUCCCCAUCCAUGCCUUUGAUAAAGCUAUGGAAAAACAGGAUGAGGAGACUGAAUCAGAAUCAGAGGAAGAGGAAGAUGAAGAGGUGUCUGGGUCGAGAGAAUUUAUUGCUGAGGAUGAGUUUGAAGAGAGUGAUCUCAGUGAUUUUGAGGAUAUGAACAACCUGAAGGGAAGCAGUGAUGAAGAAGAGGAUGACGAAGAGGAAUCCAGUGAGGAAGAAUCGGAAGAAGAGUUGGAGGAAAAGAUCAAGGCCAAAACGAAAGGAAAAGCUCCACUCAAAGGCCCAAUCAGGAAAAAGCGUGCCUAUGUAGAGAUAGAAUACGAAGAAGAGACGGAACCAGCUCAGAAAAGCAAGGCCACAUAGAGACUUAACUGAUGAUCACACCAACCGUAGUAACUCUCCAAAAAUUUUAAUGUGGUGGAAUUGUUCGUACAUUGACCCGUUUCAUCUGUGCUUAUGCUGUUGCAAAGCAUCACAUCCAUUGUAUGUUUGGGUCAACUUUGACCCAUAUUCAUAGUUAUAAACUUUAUUUGAAAUGGCAUAUAUGCAGGCUAUAUAUUUUAGUGCCUGUUCGUUUUUUCUUGCUGGAGUUCUGAGGAAAAACAUUUCUACGUUUAUAUUAGUGCUUUUGUUUGUUUGAAUGCAUGUUUUAGUUACAUCUCAUACACCCACCAGCAAUUAAACUGCAGACCAUUAGAAAACAUUACUACUGUCAGACUGCCAAUAGUAAAAAUGCUGUUAAUUUGAAAGAAUUUACUGCAAAGAGAAAAAUUAGGGGGAAAGUCCCAACCAAGAUGUUCUCAAUGUCCAAAGAGAUAAAGAUUUGUUAACUUUAAAACCAUGAAAUUAAUAUUAAUUUGGUGAGUAUUAUCAGGUUGUAAUUUUGAUGUUGCCUAGAAUCCAUCCAGCUGCAAGAGACUUGAGACUUUACCAGCAAUGGAGAAAAUAAUGACUAAAAUGCAUGUUUGAGCUGUUUUAACUGAAAGCAACUUGCACUGACAUCUUAAAAUGUCACUGUCAUUGUUUUGUCUCAAGAUAAACACCAGCAAUGUUUUUUUUUCUUUUCUAAGGAACAUUUAUAAAAGCUACCUAGUACCUAAAUGUCCUAACUGAACUAAGGCCAAUCCAUCUAAGCCCUGUCUGUGAACACUCAGAUUUUAGUUUUUCAAAGAAAGUGUUUUAUUUCUCACAUCUUUUUAUACCGAUUUCAAUCUGACAGGUUUGUUAAAUAGUUUGCCAGGUCUUUUUAGGUAAAUGUAAACCCUACUUAAAGAGGUUCUACAUUAAGCAAGUCAAAUUUCUCAUGCAAUAUGGGGAGGAAAAAAAAUCUUUCUGAAGAUAAAAUGCAUGAAAAGGUGCAAUGUCUUGCAAAAGGCGUGAAAACUGAUUUUAAAUUCAAAUUAAUUUAUCAAAAUAUUUUAUGUGAUUUAAAGAACUCGGUCAGAACUUUAAAUCCUAUUGAACAAGCAUUUCACCGGCUGAAGAGGAGACCAAAGGCAGAAACUCCCCAAAACAAGCAACCAUUGAAAAUGGCUUUAUUAAAGGCCUGGAAAAGCAUUUCAAAGUGUCAGACCAAGAGUCUGGUGAUGUCUAUGGUUCACAGACUCGCUCCUGUGAUUGCUUGCAAGAGAUUUACAAUUAAAUAUUAGCCUAUAUUUGCUUUAAGUUAAACUGUCCCGAUACUUAUGUUCUUCUUAGUUUGAAACAUUUUGUGUUGAAACAGCCAAUAAUAAAAUGUGACAUUCUGUA